AACAGGAGAGAGGCGCGGUUGGCGCGCGCGGCUCUUUCGGUUCGGAGCGGAUCUCACGUGGCAGCUCAUCGCCCAACAUGGCCGGAUACCUGAAGGCGUUCGCUUCCCUCUCCAGGGCUCUUCCCCAAAAUCCCGCUGUGCUGGGGGUUACCGCCUCCACCCACAGCCUGCAAACGAGGAACUAUGGGGACAGGCGCAUCAAGGUCGCCCAGCCUGUGGUGGAAAUGGAUGGGGAUGAAAUGGCUCGCAUCAUCUGGGAAUUCAUCAAAGAAAAGCUUAUCCUCCCCAAUGUAGAUGUGAAGCUUGAGUACUUUGACCUGGGUCUUCCAAACCGCAAUCGAACUGAUGACCAGGUCACCAUCAACGCUGCCUUAGCUACUAAAAAAUAUAAUGUGGCUGUCAAGUGUGCGACCAUCACUCCUGAUGAGGCCAGAGUUGAAGAGUUCAGCUUGAAGAAGAUGUGGAAAAGUCCCAAUGGAACCAUCAGGAACAUCCUAGAUGGCACGGUCUUUCGUGAGCCCAUCCUCUGCAAGAACAUCCCUCAUCUGGUUCCUGGCUGGACCCAGCCUAUCACCAUUGGUAGACAUGCUUCUGGUGACCAGUACAAAGCCACAGAUUUUCUGGUGAAAGAACCAGGGAAAUUCAAGCUUGUGUUCACUCCUGCAAAUGGAAGCAAGGUGCAGGAAUGGGAGGUGUUUGACUUCCCUGAGAGAGGCUGUGGCAUGGGCAUGUACAACACAGAAAAAUCCAUCAAAGGGUUCGCACACUGCUGUUUUCAGUAUGCCAUUAAGAAGAAGUGGCCGCUUUACAUGAGCACAAAGAAUACCAUCCUCAAAGCCUACGAUGGAUUUUUCAAAGACAUCUUCCAAGAGGUCUUUGAGGCGACAUAUAAGUCCAAGUUCGACGAACUGAACCUCUUCUAUGAGCACAGGCUCAUUGACGACAUGGUGGCCCAGUUUCUCAAGUCUUCUGGGGGUUUCGUAUGGGCUUGUAAGAACUAUGAUGGAGAUGUGCAGUCUGACAUCCUGGCUCAGGGCUUUGGCUCCCUGGGACUGAUGACCUCUGUACUUGUAUGUCCCGAUGGCAAGACGAUUGAGGCAGAGGCAGCCCAUGGCACAGUGACACGGCAUUACCGUGAACACCAGAAGGGAAGGCCAACCAGUACUAACCCCAUUGCGAGCAUCUUUGCUUGGACCAGAGGCCUGGAGCACCGUGGCAAACUGGACAGCAAUAAUGACUUGAUUAGGUUUGCCCAAAGCCUGGAAAGAGUGUGUGUGGAGACCGUGGAGAGUGGUGUGAUGACUAAAGAUCUUGCACGAUGCAACCAUGGCUUAGCCACCUGUAAACUGAAAGACUAUCUCAAUACUGAAGACUUCUUGGAUAUCCUCAAGACCAACUUGGAUAAGGCCCUUUGUAAAUGAACGGCAGAAACAAAAGUGGUUUUAGGACUGACACACCAUUGAUCUUUUGUACCUUAUUUUUAGUGUUGGUAACCAUAUGUUUCUGGCUGACAGUAGUACAGUUUUAUAAAUACAAACUGUUUGCAUCUGGAUAUACUGUUCAUCCACAUGCUUGCUGCCUAUUAAGGAUUUUUUUUGGUAAAAUACUGCUCUCCUAUUGUCCAAUUUAUGGUUGGAACAACUCAGGAGGAAAGGUAGCUGUAAUCAUGACUUCAAUAAAAAAAAAAAAAAAAAA